AUGUCAAAAAGAAAUACUAUCAAUUUCAACAAUACACCCAAUUUUGAAAUUAAUAAAACAAAUAAAAAAGAAAAAAUUGAAACAAUUAAAUUAAACAGAAAAUAUGCCAAUUCAAAUUUUUCUUCAACUGCUGCUAGGGCAAAAGCUGAUUGGGAACCUGGUAUUGAUAUUGAUACCACUGAUGUUGUCUUAAGCUCAGUUGGUUCAUUAGUUACAGUAGUUGAUUAUUCUCCAAUUAGAUAUAAAAUUGAAAAAAUUCAUGUUUUAUCUCCAAUUAAAAGUCUCGAUGAAAAUCAGAAAAUUAUCAAUACCCCUUUUAAACCUGAAAUUUUAGAUGAAUUGAAUAUUAAAAAUAGACAUAACCGCAAAUAUUAUAAUAAACUAGCUAGAAAGUCGAUAAGAAAAUUAGACAGAAAAUUGGGAACUCAACCAAAUUGGUCAAAUGUCAGAUGGAUAAGUGUUAAAGGGCUAUCAUGGGAAACAAUAUCACAUAUAGCUGAUUACUAUGGUUUGCAUCGAUUGGCCCUUGAAGAUAUGAUUGAUAUUCCUCAGAGAGCAAAAGUUGAUUCAUAUAAAACACAUCUUUACUGUUGUCUUCCGUUGAUCAAAUUGAUUAAAACUGUUAUAAACAAACCUAGUUCCAGCCCCAUUUCGAUUUCAGCUUCAAAUACUGAUUCCAAUUCAAAAUCUAAUAAAAAACCUUUCAGUACCUUAGUUAUUUAUAAAUUCCUUUAUGAAAAUAUUUCAAGUCAUAGCAAUAUAAACAAAUUGGAUGAUUUUUUAAUCGGAUCUAAUGGAGGUUAUAAAAUAAGUGGAAAUAAAAAAAGGUUGAUUGAUAGCUUAAAACCAUUAAGUUAUAGAAAUUUAGCAGUUGGAAAUGAGCAAGUCUCGUUAUUUUUAACAGAUGACAACACAGUUAUAUCGUUUUUUGAGCAUUCAUCAAACGACAUUGAAAAUGCAAUAUUAUCAAGGUUAAUACCAGAAUACACUAUAUUAAGAGAAUCCUGUGAUGGAUCACUAUUACUAGAAGCCAUUAUCGAUGCUGUAGUUGAUUUAACAUAUCCUGUUUUGAAUGCUUAUAGAAGAAGAUUUUCGGAAUUUCAAUUUGAUAUAUUGUCGAAUCCUAAUGUUUCACAUACCCAGAAUUUGCACUUGAUGAUCAGUGAGUUAUCAAUAUUGGUGUCCACGUUGAAUCCUGUAACCUCAUUGGUUCAUGCUUUAAAAGAUUUAAGCAAAAGCACAUUGGGUGGAUAUCCGAUAUGUGGGUUAUAUCUAAGCGAUAUUGCAGAUCACACUCAGUCAAUCACUGAAGAUAUUAAGAUCAUGAGAAAUAAUAUCGAGAAUUUGAUUGAUUUGAUAUUCAACACAGUUUCAUAUGAGUCGAAUGAUUCUAUGAAAUUGCUCACGAUAGUGACAGUUAUCUUUUCACCAUUAUCGUUUUGGUGUGGGUAUUAUGGUAUGAAUUUCGAAGUGUUUCCAGAAAUACAGCAGAAUUCAAGCUUUUUUUGGAAAAUUGCAGUGCCUUUCAGUGUUGCUAUUGUUGUGAUUGGGAUGUGGAAAUCAAUUUACAAUUAUUCAAGAAGAAAUAUAACAGUAUUCAAGAAGGCAUACUCGGAAAGAAAGAUUUCUAGAGGGCAUGCUAAAGAAGAGGAGAUGAAGGAGCAGAUGAUGAGGGAGAGAAAAAACCGACAAAGAAGAACUGAAGGCCAUCUUGAUGAUAGUCGAAUUAAGAAAACCAGUUUUGGGCACAGUUUUGUAUAA